AUGUCUCACGAGCUUCGAGUCCUGCCCCCGGGUGCGGGCUAUGGAAUCGUCAUCGGCAUUGGUGGCAUCUUUGCCCUUUUUAUGCUCGGUAUCUCCUGGCUACAGAAUCGCUAUACUCAGUUCUCCACCCAUCGCGCCGAAGAAUUCAACACCGCCUCACGAUCCGUCAAGCCGGGCUUAAUCUCCGCUGGCAUUGUCUCCUCCUGGACAUGGUCGGCUACACUCCUAACCAGUUCGACUUUUGCAUAUUCCUAUGGUGUCUGCGGACCCAUGUGGUACGGUGCUAUCGGCACCCUGCAGAUCCUUCUGUUUGCCCUGAUUGCGGUCAAAAUCAAAGCCAAUGCACCGGGCGCACACACCAUGCCGGAGAUUGUCCUCGCUCGACACGGCAAGAUUGCUCAUCUCACGUACCUGUACAAUGGCCUGGCUACGAAUAUGCUGGUGGUGGCGGCACUCACGGGGAUGAAUGUGUAUGCUGCCAACUUCCUUAUUCCUGCCGUAGUCGCGGCGUAUGUUAUCGUCGGUGGAUUGCGCGCGACUUUCAUCGCGGAUUAUACUCAUACUGUUAUUCUGUUUAUCGCGAUAUUGGUGUUUGGGUUUUCGGUCUCGGCUACGAGUGACCUCAUUGGAAGCCCUGGAAAGUUGUACGAUUUGCUGCAGGAGGCGCCGCGGAAUAUGCCGAUUGAUCGGAAUACUGAUGGGUCGUAUCUUGCGUUUCGGUCCGUUGGUGGUCUGAUCUUCGCGGUUGACAUAUUUGUCUCUGGGUUCAGUACUGUCUGGCUCGAUCAAGCCUAUUGGCAGCGAGCAAUUGCGUCGCGACCUGAAUCUUCCGUGAAGGCAUACAUGCUAGGAGGUGUUGCAUGGUAUGGCAUUCCGUUCGGCUUUGCUACGGCCAUGGGUCUUGGUUGCGCGGCUCUUACCAACAACCCAGCCUUUCCCACAUACCCCAACCCAUUAUCAGCUUCUCAAGUCGACGCCGGACUUUCCGCCCCAGCAACCGCAAUCACCCUCCUAGGGAAAGGCGGCGCCGUGCUCAUGCUCAUCCUCCUGUUCAUGGCAGUGACUAGUUCCACAUCCGCUGAACUCAUCGCUGUCUCCUCCCUACUUACCUUUGACGUGUACAAAACCUACAUCCGCCCGAACACUGACUCUGCGACACUCGUGCGCGUCAGCCAUUGGGGCAUUGUCAUCUACGCCAUCAUCCUCGCCGCGUUCUGCAGUAUUCUCAAUGCCGCAGGCGUCAGUCUCACCUGGUUACUAACAGUGCUGGGAGUUAUCGUCGGCGGAGCAGCAAUUCCCGUGGGACUUAUUCUGCUCUGGGACCGCAUGUCCACUGUUGCGGCUAUCGCAGCUCCAUGGAUUGGAUUUGGCUUGGGUAUCAUCGUCUGGUUCAUCACUUCGUGGAAGCGAUCGGGCGGCAUCAGUGUUGCGACGACGGGCGAUGCCACAAAUGCCGUAGCUGGAAACUUGGCCUCGUUUGGGGUGGGCACUAUUUCCGCUGUGCUUUUGAGCUUGAUAUUUCCAGGAAAGCACAGACACGACACGUCGGCAACGAAUAGUAUCACAGGAGUCCCUGUUGAACCAGAGGAGACCUCAACAGAGGCAUCAGCCAAGAAGGAUAAUGAUACCGCAAUACUCACAACAAUGGCAACCCCGACUGACCCCACAACGCAGCCGAAGAACGAUAUAAUUGAGUACCUCGAAACCGAGACCAUUGAGCCCAUGGAUCCUGCUCUGGUUAAGAAGGCGGAGCGAUUUGCUUGGACAGCGAAUGCUAUUUUUAUUGCGAUUGCAGUGAUACUUGUUCCUUUCACUUUGUUCGGGACGAGGUAUGUGUAUAACAGGGAGUUCUUUACGGGGUGGGUUGUCGUCUCCUUUAUUUGGGUCUGGGCGAGUGUGCUCAUUUGUGUGAUAUAUCCGGUGGUUGAAAGUGCAGGUGCUUUGCGGGAUAUUUCGAGGGGAAUAUGGGCGGACACAAGGGCGGUUUUGGGGCGUAGGAAAGAGAGACUGCGAACUGAGCAGCCCGUGUGA